GCCCCGCUCUCCAGGACCUUCCUAUGAGGGAGCUGGCUCAACACAGGGACGUUAUACAGAUGGAAUUACAAAUCUGAGGCUUGUUAUUUAAUACUAGAUAUUAGGUAUUAUUUUGCAAUAAAUAAUUAAUUUAUUCCUUUCCUCUGCUUGGCUAGAAGAUUUAAAUUUCCUCUGAGAUGCUGUCAAGAUGUAACUUUUCUUCCAGGUGUUUUACUCAAAGAGUAUCCAUUCUGAUAUUUAAAAUUUUAAUUGCAUUGUGAUGAAUCAGGUAGGUUGUGUAGUCUUAUUUCUUGGUUAUCUAAGUCUAUAGUUCUCCUGCAACUGCCUACAAAAAUCUGCUUAUUGCCCUAAAAUAAUGCAACCUUGAUACCUACUCCUCUUUAAAAUUCACCUCAUAAGAUUGUUCAGAUAUCUACAGAAGAUAACCCUUAAGGAGGUGGUGGCAUAUUCGCAUUUAAAAAAAAAAAUUAAACUUGGUGGAUUUUCAUGGUACAUGGCUUGCAAUAUUAAGUUUUCCUUACUUCCUUAUUGCGUUUAUUAGUAAAGCGUUCAUUAGGUAAACAAAUAGGAAAGUGGCAGAAAUAAGCAGAAAUUAAUUAAAAUAAGCUACUUAAGGAAGACUCAGAGGGCUGAACCAUCUGGCCUGAGGCAGCAUCCAUCAAAAACAAGACUAGCUAUAACUCUGACACAUCCACCACAUUAAUUUCUUUCAUCUCAAUAGAGUUCUUACACUAUUUUCACAAUUUUUGAGGACUGGGGCAGGCAAAGCUAGCUGUGUCAACCCACACUUCACUCAGUGAAAGUUCAGUGUUUGCAGAAGGGGGCAAAGAUUUACAUCGGAAACAAAGCAGUUUACGCAUUCCUAAUUAGCCACAAGUACUCCCUCUUGUCUGUUCCCUUGGAGCACGGUAGGAAAGCACAGACCAGCAGAAAAAAAGCAUUACAAACCUCUGCUUCAGGCAGGGGGUGACCUGAGGAAUAAAACAAGUGAUUCUUUCCUGCAGAAAUUCCCAAGGAGAGUGUCAGAGCUGGAAGAUCUUUGCUGAAGGUAGUGGCACAGUUAGAGGAUUCCCCUGCCUUUUUAAAAUGAACUGGACUGAGAUGGACUUUUAAGUUUUUAUGCUCUGAUUAUAACCUCCUCAUUUAUUUUUUUCGAUGGCUUGAUUUUCUGUCAAAUAGAAUCCAUUUGUAAAACCAAUUUCUGAAAUAUACUGUCUGGCCUCCCACCUAUGUAUUAAAAAAAAAAAAAAAAGGAAAAAACAAAUAAGUGCAAGUCUAAACCUAGCUAUAAUUUAAAAAAAUUUAAUAGCUCUGACAUUUUAAAACAUGCAUUAUAGGAAAAAUUGGCCAAAUAUUUGCCAAAAAAGAGGCUUCUGGGAUCUUGAGGUCCCUGAAGUCCUUAACUCCCAACAGUUAUGUGUGUUGCUUGGAGCCCUCCCACCAGUCAUAGUAGUAUGACCAGGACUUCAGUUGUUUGAACUCGUACAGGUUUUUGCAGCAUCUUUGAAGGAGCAUACUAUACUCUGCAGUGGGAGCCAACAUAUGAUACUGAAGGCAACUUUAUUAUUAUUAUUAUUAUUAUUAUUAUUAUUAUUAUUAUUUGCUGGAUUUGACAGCUUGCACAGGUAUACAAAGGAAGAAGAACCAAAACUCUCAAAUUUGUGUGAGUUAUUUUUGGUAGUUCAGUUCAUAACCUGAUACUAGAAAAAGAAGUAGCCUGAUUUUCACAGGGGCUGAACACACUGAAGCAUAUUUGUAUAUGUGCUUCAGAGCAAUAAUUCAGAGUCUGUGCUUGAAAUUUCUGUCUAUAACUAGAGCACUUCAUAUAUCCCCCCCUUUUCUUUCAAGAGGCAGACCUUUCACUCUUGCAACAAUGUUCCCCACUUAAACUUCCCAUCUGAGCCUGUGUAUUGUACUGCCUAUGCAAAUACAGGAACAACGUUCAGUAUUUACUCAUCCAAGUACCAGUGUGGGAUAUACAGUCAUUUACAGUCAUUGAUACUCAUCUAUGUGCCUGCAACUGGUUUACAGACAAAACACAUUCUAAAUUGCAUCUGGACAAAAGCAGUAAAUCUUUCUGAAAGUCUAUUCUAGAAAAGAUAGUAGUUUACUGAGAGAUUUUAAAUCUGAUAUUUUGAUGAUCUAUCAUUUCAGGUUUGGCAUAUGCUUUGCUGGUUGCAGUCCCUGUUGGAUAUGGUCUCUAUUCUGCUUUUUUUCCCAUCCUGACAUACUUUUUCCUGGGAACAUCAAGGCACAUCUCAGUUGGCAAUUAUGCAUAAUAGCUAACUUCAGUUGUGCCCCUGCUUUUUGCUUGAAUUUGUGCUGAAGUUUAAAUCUUGUCUUUGGUUACACCCUGUGCAAGAAAUUACAAGACCAAGGCCUCAGUAGGCAGUAUGAAUGACAGACAUAUUGUCUAUCAGCUAAAGCUCAAGAUGGCUAAAACAGAGCUCUUUUAGUCUUCUCUACAAGCCUUACUUGCUGCAUCCUUUUUGAUUACUGUGGACAGUAUCUUCUUCUUGCCUGUCGCGGAGACCCAGAACCUGUGUGUGCGCUCCAGCCUCGCUCUAGGUCCUCACAUCAAGGCUAUGGGUCCAUUUCCUGUAGUCAGUUUGAUGGUGGGAUCUGUUGUAUUGAGCAUGGCCCCUGAUGAGAAUUUUCUCAUAGAAGGCAUUAAUGCUACAGGGACUAAUAGUACUGGGACACUGAUAGACACUGAAUCCAGAGAUGCACAGAGAGUGCUGAUUGCUAGUACUCUCACAUUCCUGGUUGGAAUCUUACAGGUAAUAUUUGGAGUCCUCCAGAUUGGUUUCAUUGUGAGGUACCUUGCAGAUCCACUAGUUGGGGGAUUCACAACUGCAGCUGCUUUUCAAGUGCUUGUGUCACAAUUGAAAAUAGUCCUGAAUGUUUCAACUAAAAAUUAUAAUGGUGUCCUUUCCAUAAUAUAUACUCUUAUUGAAACAUUUGAAAAAAUUGGUACCACCAACAUUGCAGAUCUUAUUGCUGGACUCCUCACCAUUUUUGUCUGCAUGGUAGUUAAAGAACUAAAUGAUCGGUUCAAACACAAGAUACCAAUACCUAUACCAAUAGAAGUUCUUGUGACAAUAGUAGCAACUGGCAUUUCAUAUGCUGCCGACUUGGAAAAAAAAUACAAUGCAGGCAUUGUUAAAAGCAUUCCAAGAGGAUUUUUGCCUCCCGAACCUCCAAAUGUCAGCCUGUUUUCCCAGAUGAUAGCAGCCUCCUUUUCCAUUGCAAUUGUUGCUUAUGCUAUUGCCGUAUCUGUGGGAAAAGUAUAUGCAACCAAGUAUGACUAUGCUAUUGAUGGAAACCAGGAAUUUAUUGCCUUUGGGUUCAGCAACAUUUUUUCAGGUGCCUUUUCUUGUUUUGUUGCAACUACUGCUCUUUCACGGACUGCAGUCCAAGAAAGUACUGGUGGAAAGACUCAGGUUGCUGGUAUAAUCUCAGCUGGGAUUGUUUUGAUUUCUAUUGUUGCCCUGGGGAAAUUGCUAGAGCCCUUACAAAAGUCUGUGUUGGCAGCUGUAGUCAUAGCUAACUUGAAAGGGAUGUUCAUGCAAGUGUUUGAUGUUCCCCGUCUGUGGAGACAGAAUAAAGUGGAUGCUAUGAUCUGGGUUUUUACAUGUAUAGCAUCCAUCAUACUGGGACUUGAUCUGGGAUUACUUGCUGGCCUUUUGUUUGGAUUGCUGACAGUUGUGCUGAGAGUUCAGUUUCCUUCAUGGGGAGGCUUUGGAAACAUUCCUGGCACAGACAUCUACAAGAAGGUCAAGGACUACAAAAAUGUUAUAGAACCAGAAGGUGUGAAGAUUCUCAAGUUUGCAAGUCCAAUUUUUUAUGCUAACAUUGAUGGACUGAAAAGCAGCCUCAAAUCCACAGUGGGAUUUGAUGCAGUCAAGGUAUAUAAUAAGAGACUCAAAGCACUGAGAAAAAUACAAAAGCUAAUCAAGAAGGGAAAACUAAAAGCUACUAAGAAUGGCAUCAUCAGUGAGCCUGGCAUUAAUAAUGAAGCUUUUGAGACUGAUGAGGAUCCUGAAGACAACCAAGAUCUUCAAGUUCCCACCAAAGAAGUAGAGAUCCAGGUGGACUGGAAUUCAGAACUUCCAGUCAAAGUAAACAUCCCCAAGGUGCCCAUCCACAGUCUCAUUCUUGAUUUUGGAGCAGUAACUUUCUUGGAUAUUGUAGCUGUGAGAUCAAUAAAAACGAUAAUCAAAGAGUUUGAGAGAAUUGAUGUGAGAGUAUAUUUUGCUUCAUAUCAAGACAACCUUAUAUCUCAGCUGGAACGGAGCUCCUUCUUUGAUGACAGUGUCAGAAAAGACAUGUUCUUUUUGACUGUCCAUGAUGCUGUGCUCUACAUAAGGAAUCAAAUGACAUACAGUGACAACCAAGAUCCUAUAUUUGAGAAGAUUUCACUCAUGCAGGAGUCUAAAGAACCCCUAGAGUUCACAGAAACAAGCCGGCCUGAUGAUGAACUUGAUGUUCAGGAAGAGGCUAUGCGCAGACUUGCUUCAUGAAGAUGGACUGCUGGUACUGUCCUGCCUGUGAACUCACAGCAAUAUUUACACACCCAUACUAUAUAAACAUUUUCUGCAAUUAAACCAAUCUUUGCACUUGAAGAAAACCCUGAUUGUUUUUCUGAAUGAUACAGAUCUAUAUAAAUGUCCAAAUUUUAGCUAACAUUGUCCUGGAAAUAUUCUGGACCUCAAUUCAGCAAGCACUUUCCACUAUGAUACAUUUUAAUAAAAAAGAAAAUCAGAAGACGAUUACAAAAGAUUUACUGAGUUUUGGGACUAGUCAAGCAGAAGAUGCGCUAGACUUUUAUCAUUGUGUACAGGAUGAAAAGCUCAAUUGGGGUCUGCCCAGGAGAGUUGAACAGACCAAAAUCUUUGGAUGGCAAGCCUUUUGUUCAGUAUUUCUACAAUGCCUAGAGAAAGGACAGGAGUUCUAGCUGGCCAAGACUUUGAAUUCUAGAACAUUAGUGUGAGAAUAUGUGCUGUGUCACGAUCAUGUUUUCCAAUCAAUUCCUUAAAUUGCUGCAGGUUGUUAGAUCACUGAAACAGGUGGCAGGUGAAACAGUCACAUGAAGAGAAAACAGCACUGAACUACUAUAAAAUUUUGAAUAGGAUAAGUUUCAAAAGACGCUUGGAUAUGGGCUCAUUAGUUCUGUAUUAAUCCCAUUGUGGCAAAACAUGCACUACUACUUAUGAUUGUUCCUAAAAUGAAGUACACACAGAUUAUUUUGGCUAGGUUACAUAACCUUCAUCAAGAGGCAGAUCAUGACAUAAAUUAAGGAAAACCUUAGUGCCCAAGUGCUUAAUGGAAUCUGUAGAACAAGCUGCUACUGAGUGUAAGCACGAAAGUCAGAAUAUGACCUAGUAUAGAGGUUUAUGGGGUUUUUUAAAUGGAAUAUAGGAGUAUUUUUUGUUUAAUGAAUAGUUAUAUUUUUUAUAGAGCAUAUUUUUUCUUUUAAUAUUUUACAUCAAACUGCUGCUGUUCUUUUACAUUUGAAAGUCCAUAACGCGCAAGUGCAAUCAUUUACAAAAGAUAAAGGAUUUGACCUGCAAAACUUUAAUUCUUACUUUCAGAUUAUAUAAAGUAGAUAUGCAGGAAAUUAAUGUUCCUAAUUUUCAUUAAGAAGAAAUGUAUUUUUAUGUAAAACAGACUGCUACCUUAAAUUUUUUAGCACUACAUUAAUUUUUUUAAAUGGAGGAAAACCAUUCAUGAUGAGGAAACCGAUAAAAACAACAGUGUAAGAAAUGCCCUGGUAUAAAAUGUCUUUAACAAUGUGAGCUAAUAAGCUUCAGUAUCUUCACAUAUUUAAGUCUCCUUAUUUGAUUACAUCGGAGAAAUUUUUGUACAUCACACUGCUCAGAGAAGAUUUCUGCUGCAGGUUGAUGUUAGUGGAAAAUCUCAGGUGUAAAGCUAAGCACUAAAUAAAUUAUUCUGUCCUAAGGACCUGAAUGAAAUCCAUCAAAAUCAGUGGGAAAAAAAUCCUGUAAACUUCAGUCAGUAGGACAGUGUCUUACAUAGCAGGUAACAGCACCAGACAAACAUCCUUAUUCUCUUAAUUAAGGCCAAAAAAUUCAGCCUUCACAACAGUCAGUGAAGUUUGACAUUUCAAAUGCAAUACAGGCUUGAACUGAGGUGAUGUCCAAGCCAGCAAAAUGCAGGAUUGUAUUCAUAAUGGACAUAGGCCAUUUGUAUGUCAGAUGGGCAUCUCCACCACCUAAGGAGGAGGCAAAUCAGACCAAUCUGCACCUGUUCGGAUGGUACUAAUAAUUUCUAUUUACACUAAUGCUUCAGCCCAGGCUGUGAUUUGACAAUUCACGCUUUUAAUGCUACCUGCCCUCCUCCUCUCCCAUUUGCCAGCUGGGUGGCACUUCUGCCUGCCUUACUGACCUGAAGUUCCUGUUAGACCACGGCCCCAGCUUCUAUAAACCUGACUGCAGGGAGCUGCUGCCAGUGCACAAGGCCAGUAACAGAAGGACAAGGCCAGCAACAUAUUUCUUAGAAGCUGUGUUGCUUUUCUAAAACAGAUGUACAUUUUAUGUAAAAAGUAAAAUUUUCUAUCUGGGACUGGUAAAUGAGCUUUCAGUUAAUUGUUAUGCAGGACAUAUACUAUGGAAAAGAUGGUAAAAAUUGUAGCAAAAAUGAUUUUUUUUUUCCUCAAGGGAACAUAUGCACUGAGAAGUUUUGAGUAUAGAUUCUUACUUGCCAGACAUGUGGGCUUAUGUUAUAUUUUGAGCUUUCUCUAUUUCCUGACCAUACAGGUAUUUAAAAAGCAAUUAAAUAUUCAACAGUCUUCAGUUCCUUUCCAAAUACAACACUUCUGCUGUGAUUUUGAUAAAGUAUGAUGAAAUGCACUUAUCUUUGGCCUGCAUAGUUCUUCCAGGCAUGGCUGUAUCUGUUCUUAAUUUAACUGGCACAAAAUAUUAAACUUCUUAAUAACAGCAUUUCACACAAAGCCUGCAGUGGCAUAGAAGGGUAAGAGGGUAAUACGCUGAAAGCAUUCAAAUCCCUCUUUCAGUGGGUCAGGGAGUAUGGGCUUAAUUUUCUAUGUAUCCAUCAAAAUGAAGGACACCAAAAUAAUGGAUUUUGCAACAAAGCUAAAUUUCUCUACAGUUUUGUACUAAUUCAAACAUCCAUCAUUCAACUAGAUGUCCUUUUUCCAGUUGGAUGAAGAAGCGAUAUUUUUGUAUUUUAAGUAUUACUGUUCUGUCUUUGCAUGUCAGGUAUUAAAUCUGGAGAUGUAUUUUUAAGUUUUUUUACCCUUUUAAAAAGCUGCAUUUGAAAAAUAAGUGUAUCCAUUAACUAGAAAAUAAAGUUGUGCACACUGUAAACGUGUU